GUGAAAUAGAAGAAAGGGUUUGGGUUAAAAUACUCUGAGAGGCCGGAAAAAGGCACAGACCAUGGGAACAGCAGUUUCGGCAUGAGGUUUCGAUUCGAAGCACCCAAACAUCGUUAGGUAUAUCGGUGCGUCUCGAAAGCCGAUGGUUUGGUGCAUCGUGACGGAGUAUGCCAAGGGAGGUUCGGUUAGGCAUUUCCUGACGAAGAGGCAAAAUAAAUCUAGACGUUGCCAGGGGCAUGGCAUUUGCGCACGGACCUAACUUUACUCACCGGGAUUUGAAGUCUGAUAGCCGCUGAUAGCUCCAUCAAUAUUGCAUACUUGGCGUCGCGCGAAUUGAGGUCAAGCCCGAAGAUAUGAUACCAGAGUCCGGGACUUAUCGAUGGAUGGCACAUUGCAGAGAAAUGAUCCAGAAUAGGCGUUACACCCAGAAAGUGGACGCGUAUAGUUUUGGAAUUGUUCUGUGGGAGCUAAUCGCAGGUCUUUUACCGUUCCGAAACAUGGCAGCAGUACAAGCGGCGUUUGCGGUGGUGAACAGGGGUGUACGUCCGACCAUCCCGAGGGAUUGCAUCCCUGUACUGAGCGAGAUCAUGACCCGCUGCCGGGACUCCAAUCCCGAGGUUCGCCCGUCGUUUCCUGAGAUGGUGAAAAUGCUCGAAGCCGCUGAAACUGAGGUAGUGAUGACGACAGUGCGGAAAGCCCGUUUCAGAUAUUGCAUGGGCUAA